AUGGACCAGGAACCGCCUAAUAAGAGACAGCGCGAGGAUGCUACUGAUUGUGAUGAAUUGUCUGUUCAUGACCAAUUGCAUUCUGGUGCUGUCAAGUCAAGCGACCGUGACAUAUCAGAAACUAGCAAACCAUACGAUGCCUUGAAGGAAUACCGCCGGACGGAUCGCGCAACAGACUCUCCUACUUCAGACAUAUCGGAACAGUGUCGACGUAAUGAUCCCGGGGUCACGUCGCCACUUACUCACCCGAAUGGAAUCUCAAUGUUCCCGGAAAUGUCGGUUACAGAGCAGGAGGCCAUGUCUCGACAAGCUCUAGCUCAGGCCGAAGAAACUAUCGUCGCAGACAGUGACGAGUACAAUUCUACGGACGACGCUGGAUACGGGAGCGAUAACAUGAGCUCUGCGAGCACAUCCAUUGGCUCAUCUGUUCGGGAUUACAUGUUUGAGAAUGGCCGCCGUUACCACAGCUUUCGCGCCGGGGCAUACAACUUUCCAAACGAUGACGUGGAACAGGAGAGAGAAGACAUGAAGCAUGCCAUGGUCAGACUUCUCUCAGGCCAAAAACUGCAUUUUGCGCCUCUCGGUGACAACCCUCAGAAUAUUCUCGACAUUGGGACUGGCACAGGAAUAUGGGCGAUCGAGAUGGGCGAGCAAUAUCCCAGUGCCAAUGUUCUCGGUAUCGACCUCUCGCCCAUACAACCAACUUGGUUGCCACCCAACGUUCACUUUAUGGUUGACGAUGUCGAGUCUUCCUGGCUUCAUCCCCAGAAUCACUUUGAUUAUAUUCAUUCCCGGCAUACCGUUCAAGCGGUCAAAGAUUGGCCUCGGCUGUUAGAUAGCGCCCUACAGCACAUGAAGCCUGGAGGCUGGAUGGAGCUCCAAGAGAUUCAUCAUUACCCCCACAACGCAAGAACGGGUGAAGCCAUCCAGCCAUACGAUCACCCAAUUGCGCAAUACUGGACUUACAUCAACGAGGGUCUUGCAGCACUUGGUGUAGAUUUCCCUGCCGCAGCAGGGGGCAAGUUGGCUGCCAAGAUGCAAUCGGCCGGUUUUAUAAAUGUUACUGAACGAAUAUUCCACGUCCCUCUUGGAACUUGGCCUAAGAAUCAAGUUCUCAAGACUGUCGGGCUCUAUUGGCGCACCAUAUUAAACGAUGGCAUCCAAGCCAUUGCUCUCGGUCCUAUGUCUAGAGGGAUGGGAUGGAGCCGUGAGCAGAUUGAAGUCUUUCUUGUCAGUGUGCGAAGGGCUUACAGUGACAACACGGCGUUGCUAUACAUGCCCAUGCACAUCGUGUAUGGCCAAAAGCCGUACUAG